AUGCCUAGUUUCUCCCCCAAAUCCAAAACUAACUACCAUGUUCGAUCCAUUAGCUCUCAGGCUCGAUCACACCCAACCACACUCCGAAUCGAACAAGAGCUCAACAAACUCAAGAUAUGGAAAUCAUCAUCCUCGUCAUCAAAUGCAGAGACCAUUCGCAUUGGCUUAACUGGCCUCGGAGAUCUGUACAUAUGCAUUGAACAACUUCUUGCUCUGCCACUCACCCAACAAGCUCAAAAACACCAAAAAUGGGUGAUCAAAUUGUUAGAAGAGUCCGUUAAAUACAUAGAUAUAUGCAGCAACACGAGGGAUUCAAUUUUGGAAAUAAAGUCAAAUCUUCAAACCCUUCAAUCCGCUCUUCGAAGAAGAAAAAUCGGUAUUGCUAUCAACGAUUACAAGUGCUCUAGUGAGAAGAUGAAGAAGGAAGUUUCGAAAUCACUCGCGGAAUUGAAGAAAUUCAAUAGCAAAUUACAGGUCUCUAAUCUAUCAGAUUCAGAUGAGAACAUGUUUGCAGUGGUUAGAGAAGCGAGUUUGAUCACGAUUUCAAUCUUCGAAUCGCUCUUGUUGUUUCUUUGCGCGCCAUUGGGGAGGCCGAGGACUAGAAAAUGGUCAUUGGUUUCGAAAAUGGCAAGCGGAGAAGAUUUGAUGUUGUACUGUUCAGAGAGAGAUGGUGAGGGGGAGAGGAUUGAAUGUGUACAGGGAAGGUUGGAGGAUUUGAAUGCAAGUAUUGAAGGAAUUGAGAGUGGAUUGGAUUGUCUUUUUAGGCAUUUGAUCCGCACAAGAGUCUCUCUUCUUAAUAUACUUUCCAAUUAG